CUGGAACACAAGGCAUGUAAUUUGAGGGCUCUUCGCACGAUUAAUACUGUGCGCUGCGUAGAGGCAGCAACACACGCCAGGCCAACGCUGAACGACAUCGAAACCCGCUUUGACGCAGCACAAGAGCGUUUUGAUCGACCCCUGCUCCGAUGAGGGCCGCCUUGAGAACGUGGCGAUGCGACAGAUAGGUUAUAUAUAAUAAAAAGACUUCCAUCUGCAUUGCUUGGGCGGAUGCUGUAGCCAGUGAGGCGCUCUGCUGAAUGGGGUGGAGGAGGCUGCCUGGCUCCCAGGCGCUCAGCAUCCUGAUCACAGCAGCAGCCCUCUAUUCAGCGACUCCCCAGCAGCUGCCUGCCCCUAGAAGCUACGGUCAUGCACAGGCGCCUUCACCGGCACGAGGCGUGAGGCCGAAGGCAGUUGCCACACCAAAUGCAGUCGCAGCAUUGGCCAGUGCACUGCUGAGCGUGGCUGCACCAGAGAGGCCUGUUCCCAUCAGCCCCCUCAGCAAUACCACGCUACCCUUCAGGCCAGGCCGCCUGCUGGUAAAGUUCAGGGAUUUGGACGGUGGCAACUACAGCCAAAUAGUCGACACUGUCAAUGAGUGGGCGGGGAUCGACCUGAUCAAGGUCAUGGCAGGGACGGGCAUUGCUGUUGUCAAUGUGACGGACGGCGCUUCCACACAGAGGAAGGCCGCUCGUCUGGCUGGCAGCGAACUGGUGGAGUGGACUGAGAUGGAUUAUCUGAUGAGCGGCGACGGCAGCACCGGCUCGGCGGGCUGGGCGCUUGACAAGCUCCAGGCGGCUGCGGUGUGGAGCGGGUACACGUUUGGGAACUGCGGCGUGGCGGUGUGCCACAUCGACUCCGGCAUGCCCUGGACCAACAACCACUGGUACAACCCGGGCGAGUACGCCGCCUUCCCCUUUGUGGAUGACGACGGCAACGGGGUGAUCGACGACUAUUUUGGCGCGAACUUCAUGGGGGGCAAGACCAACGUGAGCUGGGACUACAACGGUCACGGCAGCGGCACGUCUGCUGUUUUGGGGGGUGUCAACAACGGCGAUAGCAGCUCACAGCUCGGCGUCUCACCCAAGGUGUCGAUAAUGCCGUGCGUGGCGAUGGAUGCUGCGCUGGCCGUGCCCUUUUCGGCGGCCAUUGCGUGCGUGGAGUGGUGCAAGAACAACUUUGAGAACAUCGCCGCGAUGGGCGGCCGCCAGCGCACCGGCAUCUACGUGGCCGCCUGGGGAUCCAACUCACUCACCGACUCCGACGCCCUCCGCGCCGUCAUCCAGCGCGCCGACAGUAGGGGCCGCACGCGCGCGCUCUUCACGGCGUCCGCCGGCAACACGCAGUCGCCUGUGCACGUGCCGGCCUCGCUCGGCCUCUCCAACAUAGUCUCCCUCACAUACUCGGACUCCUCCGAUGUCGUCCGUGGCAACACCGGGUCCUGGAUAGACGUGGCUGCUCCGACGGGUUCAACUUCGGAUGCUGCGGCGGUUGGCGGUGGAUUGGCGGCCCUGAUGGUGGCGGCCAACCCAUCGCUGACGCCGGAGCAGCUGAAGGCUGCGAUGCGCGCCGGCGUGGACGUGCUCAGUACCACGCAGGGCAAAGUUGGCAGCAAUGGCCGCCUAAAUGCUCUAAAGGCAUUCCAGUACCUGGAACGGCAGGGGACCGUGCAGAAGGCACGCGCCACGCCGGACCAAUCACAGCAAUGCAACCCGCUUCAGGUGUGGUAUCCCCCCUGGCCCAGCAGCCGGCUGGGGUGCUCCAUUGGCGGGACCAACCAAUGCUGGACCUCCUACUCAUCCCAGAAUUAA